AUUUUGUUUUCUCUUGGUUCUUACCUCGUUAACAUCGUUUCCGCGUUCAUUAUUUACAAUUAUUUUUCUUCGUUGCGGUACACCAUGUAAUUUCAAAACGCAAUAUUCAUAGUCAAUUUUAUACAGUGUUACGCGUACGGACAUAGUCAUGUACGUACGCGUAAAAUUGAUGGACACCGGCCAAGCGGUCACAAUAAUCGUAUCCCGGACGACUUUAAUUAAAGACCUGAAGACUCUUGUGGAGAAAGAAUUUUUCGUGGUCCCGGAAUGCCAGAGAAUGUUUUUUCGCGGCAAGCAAGUGAGAAUGAAUUAUUUUUAUUCAUUUAAAACGAUAUUUUCUCGAUUUAAUACAUCUUCCUCCCGCGUGUCGAUAUUUUUCGACAUCGUUGUUGCGUGCCCGAGACCACGUGGUAGUUUCUUCGACGGUGGCAGAAAACCUCGUGUUUUGAAAAUUUUCGACACACACACGUUACGGUUAAUGACGGCUCAUGGAUUCCAAAACUGUUAUACGUAUAUAUAUAUAUAUAAAAGAAAAAUUUUAGAUGCGUUUGUCUCGAUAUUGACCGUUUUUUUUUUUUCGUUUAUUUUAAACUCUCCGGCCAAUUUAUUAAUCCGUACCUAUAUAAUAAGUAUCUAAUUCAUGUAUGUUUAAUUAUAUUUAGUUAAAUCUAGCAGUUUUAGUUAUUAGCCUGUAGUAUUAGUUUUAAUUAUAGUUAUUGGAGGAUUCAGUGCAUCAGGACAAUUCCACUUUACGAAAUUGUUUAGAAAAGCGAAAAACAAACUAUUUAUUUACCUUGUUGAACCUGAACCUUUCUAAUCUAAAAGUCUUAGUUAUAGUGCAACCAUAAGUUAUGUUAUUGUUCAAUAAUUAUAAAUUGUAAUUUUAUAGUGUGGACAAAUAAAAUAAAUUUUCAAAAUUUUUCGACUUCGGUUACGUACAAGCCACAGAAAAUUAUUUUUUAAAACGUUUUCAACACGACCCCGUAAAAAUAAAAUAAAUAAAUUAUUAAGAAAUAUUUAAUACAUAAGACGAUGUAGCUAACCCCCCCUAAAAAAAAAAUUGUUGCUGUCUUAAAAUUAAAUGUAUAGUAUACCUAAGUGUUCAGAGUUGAAAAAUACAUUUUCUAAAAUAAUAAUGUUUCGAUCACUCUGUAUAUGUACCGGUGUAAACUGGUCUCUUAUUUUAUCGCAAUGCAAUGGUUAUUAAUUAUAUGGAAUUGCCAGUUUGUUUUGACGACAGUGGUGGAUUUUCUAAAUAUAUCCAAAAUUAAAUUAUUUUACUAUCGUAAACGUUAUCAGCUCGGCCGGGUAAAUCCGACGGUAAAAGUUUGGAAAUGAGAUUUCUAAUAACUACGAGAAAAACCCGGUUACUUUAUUUUUAUUAUCUUAUAAUUUCUGUACGUGUCCAAAAACAUUCAGAGUACAUUAAUCGAAGUACUCAUUUAUACGAAUAUAUUGUGAAUUAUACUACCUUUACUAUAGCUAUUUUGUUAUUCAUAUUUUAUUGAACUUCAUAAUAAUAACGUGCCCUAUGUUAUACAUUUUUCUCGAUAUUUUAAUAUUUAUGUUAUUUGAGAUAUUCUAUAUAAUCGUAUUUUUCUUAUUAUCGUCUUAGAAAUUUAAUUAUCGAAGUAAAAUACCGACGUAGGAAAAAUUCUCUUUCUUAAAACCUUGCCCGGUCAAUUAUGAAUACAAUAAAAACAAAUCAGCAUAAUUGGUGACGCUGUUCUCACGUGAUACGAUGACCAAGGGUAUAGAGAUUCAUUUUUAUUUAUAUAGAUAUAUUUUUUGCAUACUAAGUCCGGAAUUGUACAUUUCGCAAUGUGUAACAAUAAUUUUUGUACACAUCGCAAACCUUGCAAUAAUGUUGCUACAAAGUAACUAGAUAUUAUAAAAAUCAAAUUUUUACUAUGGUUAUAACAGUUUUAUAUAACAAUUCUUAUUAUACAAUUAAAUAUAUUAUUGAGUAUUAAUAAAAAUAUUCAAAUUUUAAAGGAUAAAAUAAUAGUAUUUUUCGGUUAUCGUACUAACUUCGUCUGCUGGUAAUAGUACACAUGUACCAAUAAGUACCUAACUAUUACCUUCAUGUUUGAUUUUUUUUAAUAUUUUAUGCUUAUUUUAUAAAAAUAUAACUUUUUUGUAAUAAUAUAAUAAUAUAGUGGCCCAUACAUUAACUAGCCCAUCGGAAAGAUUUUUGAUUUCUCGAUAUGCUUAUCCGCCCUUGAGUAUACUACUAAUAUGUAAAGAUUAAAGACCUAUAGGUACAUAUAUUUUUAUAUGAUAUACUGAUAUGUAACAUUUAUUAGGAAAAUACUUUAAAUUUGCAAUGUGUACAAAAAUCACUGUUCACAUUGCGAAAUGUAAAAUUAUAUAAUAUAUAAUUGAAUAUUAUUUUAGUUAUUAGUUAAUGAAUCAAUUAAUAUUAGUGAUGAAAGUAUUUUUAUUUAUUUAUAAUUCAUUUAGUUAUAAAUUUAAUAUAUUAAUUGAAAUUUCAGUUUUUUGAAAGAAAAAUUCAACCCAUUUUAACGUAGGAGUGGUAGCUUCCCACCCUGCCUCCCCAUACUCAUUCCUAUGUAUAGAAAGGAUAUCCAAAUGGCUGUUUUUUUGACGCUUAAAUAGAUAACCCAAAUAAACAUCUAAUGGUAUUUAAAUAACUUUGUAGAUAAUUUAAUUAUAUUUAUAUACUCUUCUCAUAGUUAUCCAUACUAUAUAAUAUUCAUAUACCUACUUAGUGAAGUAUACAAUAUUUUAAGUGUUUUUGUUCAUUUAUAGGUAUAUUAUAUAAUGUGUGGGUACCUAUAAAUACAAAGUAAAUGAAGUAGGUCUAGAAGAAUAUAAUACAAUUUAAAUAAAUAUAUUUAUUCCAAAUGAAAAUAUGUUUAUUUCCAACAUAAUAUUGUGUUUUAAUUUCAAAUGAAAUUAUGAAUUUGCUAUGAAUUCUAUCAUAGCUUAAUUAUUACCAAUAAUUUCAAUAAUAUCCAAAUGUGUUUGUAAAAAUAAAUUAUACUUUCUAAUAUAGAUAGUUUAUUUUGAAAGUAUUAAUUUAGUGUACUGUCUUAUCAUAUAUACACUAUUAUCAAUAGUAGGAAGGUAAAAGGGAUUAGGUGAUACCUUUUUCAGUCUACUUUUCUACAUAUUGUUUAACUGCAUAAUUAUACAUCAAAUGAUCCAACUUAAAUAUCAAUAUCAUAUGUUUAUAAUCAACAAUUGAUGUUUUACAUAAGGUCAUAGAACUAGUGGGAUUAAAAAAGUUGGUUGUAAGCAGCACUAGCAGCACUUUUAGUAAAACUUGAUAAAACUUUGGUGGUUACAUCAAUUUAUCAUUUUGGUUUAUGGUAUUGUUAUUUGAAUAUUUUUAUAGUGGUUUAAAAAGAAACAAGUAAUUUACAUUAAAUUUUUAUGAUUUUAUAGCACUUAAAACUAAAGAAAAAAUUAUUUUUGUUAAGUUUUUUUUUCAUAAAAAAGUCAUAUUAUUUUCUACUAAAAAAAACAAGCUGGGUUAAUAGUUUAGUUAAAUGGUUUUAGUUAAUUAAUACCCAAAGAAUAAGGUAUGUUCUUAGAAAUAUUUAUAAUGUAGAAUGCUUAAUUUACUUCAAUGACUUAUCAGAACUUAGUAAUUGUAUUUAUUACAGUAAGACUUGUAUUCACUGUGUAAUGAUCAUUAAUUUGGUCCCGUCAAGUGUUAUGACUAUAGGGAACUUUUAAAGGACGAUCACCUCUAAAUAGCUGUCAUUAUUUUUAGUCCCUUAGGUGACCAUUAUAUUGAAGUUUUAUUAUAUUAUAACAGGUACAAAAAAUCUUUUAAAAAUUAGUGGUAAUUGGAGUUUGUUAAAUUAAGUUUAUAUUAAUUAAAUUAAUUAAUAUAAUCUUACAUUUAUAUAAUAUAAUUUUUUAAAUACCUUUACUACAAAUAAUCAUUAAUUAAUCAAUAAUAUGAAAAAAAUAAAAAUAAAAAAAAUAGUCAUAUUUCGAUAGAACGACUGGACCAGGUACAGAAAACAAUUUGGAAAGUGGUGAUUUUGCUCUAUUACCUUUUAACCAUUGAUGUGUAUAAACAAAUGAAUAUAAAUGUAUUAAUAAUUAAUUUGAUUUAAUAAUAUUAUUGUCAUAUCAUUAUAAGUAAUAAAGAUAACCCUUAUAUUAUAUCAAUGAUUAAGAUAUGCAAGUGUGGAAUUUAAUUGUAAAGUAAAAUAUAUAUUAUACAAAACCUAUUUUACCUAUUAUACCUAUUUUAUUUUAAAAAAAUGUUUGGUUUUACAUAAAAAAAAAAAAAAAAUUGUUUUCCUGAAUAAGUUUGAGCUCGCUUUAGUCAAACCAUUUUAAUAUAAUAUAGGGGAGGCAUUGCAAAAUUAUGAGAAAUUAUAGAUUCAUAUCUAUGUUUACAAAUUUGUAUAUAAUUUUAAAAAAAUUAUUAAAUCAAGGAUCUUUAGAUACCUCAAAAUACCUAUUAUCUAAUAACUAGUAAAGUUACAGACUCGGUUCAGGAAUGCUUUAUAUGAUGUAACACAAUUUAUAUAUGAUAAAUUAGACAAUGAUAAUAAAGUAUUAACUUCUUAGAUUUAGUUAAUGCAUUUGAUUCCGUAGGUAUUAGAAUUUUACCUACUUUCAGAUAAAUAAUCACAGUCCAAUUUGGUUUAAAAGCUAUCUAUGUAAUAGAAAACUAAUUAAAUGAUAUUGCAAGUAAUAUAAAUUUUAUAAAAUAAGAUAUUCCUCAGGGUAGUGUGAUAUGUCAAUUUUAUUAAUAUUAUUCAUAAAUGUGGUAUGUAAUUAAUCAAUUGAUAGUAAAAUAGUGACUUAUGCUGAUGACACUUGCCUAUUAUUCCCAGAUAAUUCUUGGAAAAAGCUAUACCUUAAAGCUAUGGAAGGGUUAAAUUUAACAUACAAUUGUUUAAAUAAAAUAUGCUCAACUAUGAAUUAUGAUACAUCAUGUAAUUAUAUGAAAUUUUCAAUAAAUAAAUGUGUAAUACCUACGAGUCUCCAUUAUUAAUUCAUAAUUAUAACAUUAAUACAAAAUGGAAUCUACAAACUUGAAAACAAAAGAAAUAUCCAAAAUCUGUUAAAGUAUAAUUUUUGAUAGUAAUUUAAGAUGGGAUCUACACAUUAAUAAUUUAAGUGCGGAUUACCAAUUUUGUUAAAAAAAAACUUUGAAGCCCACUAAACUAAUAUGCAGGUAAAAAUAAAAACACCUAUAUUGUACAGUGGAAUUGUACGAUAGUGAUAAUUGUCUGAUUAUUACUAAAUCUCAGUUGAAAUAUAGACGUUUAUAUUAUAAUAACAUAAAUAAUAUAGGAUUUACUAACCCUUGGCUUAUAUCCUCGGCCAGAGUAACCCAGUACCUCAUGGCCCAUGGGUUGGGAACCGCUGAUUUAUAAAAUCAUUAAACUUGUUAUCAAUUAAAUUUGUAUGUAAUACCUAUUUGCUUUUUCUCAAUCAAUUUUCCAAUGUGGUCUUCUAGUUUGGGAAGGUAUUAAAGGUGAGAAUAUAAACAUUCUACAACAAAAUCAGAAUAACAUAUCAAGAAUAAUUUUUAAUAAAAAACCAACGGAGAGUUCAACAAAAAAAAAAGACAAAUUUCUAGGUGCUCUACCAGUAAGGCUUCUAUAUAAAAAAAAAAUACAAUAUUACAAAUAAAAAAAUUUGUUAAAUCUAGAGUUUAUGAUUUACAGGUAAAAUUUGCAAAAUAAUAUUUUGUUGAUCAUUUGGGUCUAACUUAUUUUAACUCAAUGUCUACUGUGUACAAAAUAAAAAUAUCCAUUCUGGUUUAUGCAAUAAGAAAAAAUAAGUUUUUUAAAUUUGUUUUCAGAUUUAUAAUAUUUUACCCACAAAUUUAUUUAAAUAAUAAACUAAUAAAGUAAAACAAAAUUAUUAAAAUGGUUUAUACUCUUAAAUAUAAAAAUAAAAACUAAAUAAAUGAAUGAAUGAUAAAUUAAUUUUUUAUUUAUGUACUAAAAAAUCAUCAUCCGAUAUAUUCGUCAAAAUUUAAAAUUGAAUAUAAAUUAAAUAAAGGAAUACUAGAUAAAAUGUAUACAAAUUGGUCGUUUUACAUACAAUUAAUUUAUUUUAAUAGGAGAGAUUAUUUAAAAUGUUAUUAUAAUGUAUUAUUAGGAAUAGAUAUGUUUGGAAAUAUAAAUUUUUUGGUUAUUAUUUAUUAUCUAAAAUUUAUUGAUAAUAAAAUAUUAUUUUUAAAAUCAAUUUGUACAUUUAAAAUAUUAUUACAUUUUUUUUUAAUUUCAUUGUGUAUAUGUAAUUCUUCUAAAACUGCAUUAAUGUAAAUGUUAUUUUGGGUAUUUAUUAUUUCUAAGUCUGUAUUAAUGUUAAAGCUAUUAUAUAUUAUGGUUAUUUUCUAAAACAUGUUUAGUAAAAUUUGGAUUUGAAGCAAUCUUUUUUAAAUUUUAAUUCAGAAAUGUGUUCUUUAUAUCUUAUUUUAAAAUUUUUUAUUUGUCUAACUCUGUGGUUUUCAACAGUUUUAACAAUGUGGCACACUUAAUCUCCCACAAAAUUUUCGUAGUACACCAAUCCGUAUAAUACUUAAGUGAAGCAUAUUAUUUAUAUAAUAUAUAUUACAUAUUUAUGUAAACUGUUAACAAUCUACUCUAUUAGAGGUGAGGUUUAAUUAUUGUGAAAUAAAUUAAUACAAUGAUGAAAAAAUGUGUUAGCAAAAAUUUUAUUUUAUAUGAUAAUAUUGUUGUACAAUGAAUUAAAAAUACAUUGAUUAAUGAGACAUAUGUGCUUGAUGUGUAGUACACAAGUGUUUUAUUCAAGAACGGUUAAUUUUAUCAUUAAAUUUAAUCAAUUUAUUUUAACUUCAAUUUUUUUUCAGUUUUAAAAUAUAAACAUUUUAAGCAAUGUUUCCCAAACUUUAUUACUCUUAAUAAAUUUAAAAAAGUUACAGUUUAGUUUUUAUAAUCUGCCAUUUAAUUAAAGUAAAAAAUAAAUAUUAUCUUCACAUUUUGAGCUCUGACAUUUUAUUAUAAUUACAAAUAAAUAUAACUACCAUUCACAUUAGAUUACAACUUCUUGUGAUAAAUGCAAGUAUACAAUAUUGUCGGAAAUAUCUGUAUAAAAAUGGGACCUUUCACUGUUAUUUUGCUGCAUUUCACUGUUAUUGUAGUGUCUAAAAAUUAUUAAAUUAUUUUAUACUAGAUACAGAUAUAUAUUUCUUCACAAUGAAGGCGCCCCCUUAGUUAAAAGCCCAUAAUGAGGGGUAGUACUGUCCAUGUCGAGAAUUGUUGAUUUAAAGUGUUACGAAAUUUAAGUGUUAUGAAAUGUAUGUGAUAUAGCUUUUCUUAGUUUGUGAAUUUUAGUUUUUGGAAAUAGGGAUUAUUGUUUUAUAUAAUAUCUAUACAUAAUAUGAUAUAUGAUAGUUUGUGUUUAUAUUUUAGAUUCUGAAUGGAGUGAAGAAGCUCAUUGUUUUAGAAAGAUAUGUAAUUUUUUUCCUGUAGACAACUUUUCUACCAGAGGACUUACUCCAAUUUUUAUGUGUAGCAACUUUUCUGAAAGGAAAUCAGUGUGAGGAGGUACAUUAAACAGGCCUUUUUUUUUAUUUUCUCUAGAGUUUUCUCAUGAAAUGUAAAAAACUGGGAAAAUCUGUGCAACACUAAUCAAAUAUUAUUAAAGAAAAUAUAUAAAGCCUAUUUAAUUAUUUUACUAUAUAAUAUGAUAAAUAAAUAAAUAUAUAUAUAUAUAUAUAUAUUGUCGACAAUCACCAUUAACUGAAUUCUGCUUAGAAUCAUUUUUUGUAAGCAAUGGUUUAUAUUGUUGCUUACAGGUAUACAUUAAAUUAUCUAUAAUAGUAACUGUUCCCCAUUAUUUUAGGACAUAUUUUUAUUAUGAUGUUUGUUUCAGCUGGAAGAAGAAUAUAGACUCUUUGAUUAUGGUAUAAAUAUUAAUGAUGUUAUUCAAUUAAUGGUGAAGAAACAAGAAAAACCUAAAAGCCCAUCUUCAAAAAUAGCACUCCCAAAAGUUCCUACUUUAGCAGUAAAUUUCUAUAAUUUUUUUUUAUAAAGAAAAUUAAGGAAUCGGAUUAAUAACUUUUUUUUUUCAGGAAAAUAUAGACAAUGUAUCACAUUGUCUAUAUUUUAAAUUAGGUGAUUAUGUUGACGUGAAAGACUCUAGUUAUGAAUCCUGGUUUACAGGGAAAUUACUAAAGAUUCAAAAAAACAUAUCACAUACUUUAGACAAUCCAAAUACUUCAUCAAAUUCUAAGGAAACAAAUGGGCUUGUUUAUGUUGUCGAAUUUACAGGGUAUGUGAUUUUAAUGUUAAAAAUUCUGUACACUAUUUAUUAUUAUAAUCAAUUAAUAAAUUUAGAUGCCCCAAUGAACAACCUAUUGCAGUUGAAUUUAAUGAGAUAAGACCGCGUUCUUCUGAAAUUGUGCCUCUUGAACAAUUAAAACCUGGUGAUACAGUACUUAUGAACUACAAUGCUGAAUACCCCUCAGAACGGGGUUAUUGGUACGAUGUGUUGAUCAAAAAGGUGAAAUCUACUAAGAAAGGUGAUGAAGUUACUGGAGAUGUAUAUAUUGGAAAAGAACAGGCUGUAUUAAAAAAUUGUCGUAUGUUAUUUCUGGAUGAUAUUUUUAAAAUAAAACCAAACACUUUAAUAACAGAAAGAACACCAGAAGAUGAUAAAAUAAUACAAACUGAGCCUGUUACAUUGAGUAAUAUAUUAUUAAUUUGAUAUGUUUUGUACCUAUUUCCUAUUAAUUUUAUUUUAUCAUUUGAAAAGGAGUUGGUCCUUUGAUGUGUAUAACAUGCAGAGAUAAUAAGGAAAAAAAAUGUAAGGAAUGUGGUUGUCAUAUCUGUGGUCUCAAAGACAAUGAAGACACACAAAUUUUAUGUGAUGAAUGUAAUAGUUCAUACCAUAUAGCAUGCCUCACACCACCUUUAAAAGAGAUACCGAUUGAUGAUUGGUAAGUGAAAAUUAAAUUUUUUGUAUUGUUUCCAAGAGAAAAAUGAGUAUUUAUAUUAAAUUGUUAUAUUAUGUUUAUAUUGUAUUUAAAUAAUUCAGGUAUUGCCCUACUUGUAAAAAUGAUGAAAACGAAAUUGUUAAAGCUGGUGAAAAAUUAAAAGCAUCAAAGAAAAAACCACCAAUUAAUAUGUCCACAUCUAAAAGAGAUUGGGGAAAGGGUAUGGCAUGUGUUGGUAGGACUAAAAAGUGUAACAUAGUACCAUCUAAUCAUUUUGGGUCUAUCCCUGGUGUGGAAGUUGGAACAACAUGGUUAUUCCGUGUUCAGGUGAGUUCAAUAAACUAUUAAUCAAAUGUAUUAAUCGUUUUACAAUAAUGUUCUUUUUAGGUUUCGGAAGCUGGUAUACACCGACCCCCUGUUGGGGGAAUACAUGGCCGGGAUAAUCAAGGUGCAUUUAGUCUUGUGCUAAGUGGUGGUUAUGAAGAUGAUGUUGAUAAUGGUGAUGAAUUCAUGUACACAGGUUCUGGAGGAAGAGAUCUAUCAGGAAAUAAACGCACAGCUGCACAAAGUUGUAAUCAAGAGUUAACUCGCAAUAACAAGUACUUACAUAAUAAUAAAUACAAUAUUUUAUACAAAAUAAUAGUACUUCCAAAUAUUUUUAUAUUAAUUACUUUUGAUAAAAAUAUUUAUUUUAGGGCUUUAGCUUUAAAUUGUAAUGCAAAAUUCAACGAUAUUAAAGGAGCAACAGCUGUGGAUUGGAAGAAAGGAAAACCAGUGAGAGUUGUUCGAAAUUAUAAACUUCAAAAGCAUUCUAAAUAUGCACCUGAAAAGGGAAAUCGGUAGGAAUCUAUGCUUAAAAAAAUAAGUUAAUUUUUAAAACCCGUCUAAUUGGUACAUGUAUAAUUUUUAAAAUCAAUAUACUUUAAUUUACAGCUAUGAUGGCCUUUACAAAGUUGUCAAAUAUUAUCCACAAACUGGAGCUUCUGGAUUUAUAGUUUGGCGGUAUGUGUUGAGACGAGAUGAUCCUAUACCAGCACCAUGGACUAAACAGGGAAAAAUACGUAUGGCACAGUUAGGUCUUGAAUUAAUUGUAAGUGGAAUGAAAAUCAUUAAAAUCUAUGUUAAAAAUAAUUAUCUUAAUAUAGUGCAUGGUCAAAGAAAGCAUUUGUCAUUUAAAAUAUGUAUGUGCAUAGUACAUCAUUAUGUUAAACUACAAUUUCUAUUUCAAUUUUUCUUAUGAUGUGAACAAAAUGUAUUAUGCAUAAAUUUAAAGUAUCAUUUAUAUUGGCAAAUCUCAAUUGUUUUUUCUUAAACUUAAAAUAUUUAAUGCAUAAUAUAUUAAUUUUUAUCAAGUGAAAAGAAAAUAUUUGGCAUCAAUCCCUUUAUAUUUAAUUAUAUUUAUUUAAAAAUUAACAGGUAAACACCCUUUAAUAAAUUAAUUGAUAUAAUAUGUGGUAUUUAAUAUAAAAUUAAUUAACAAUAUACUUGAAUAUUAUGUAAAUAAAGAAGGAAUAUAGAAAUAUGUUAAUCAUAAAAAUUGCAGGUACAAUUAUUAAAUAAUAAUGAAUUAGUGAGCAGAAAUAAUUUUGAAUAAUUAAGUAGGUGUAGUUUGGAUAUAUAAUCUUAAUACAAUUUGUUGGAAUUUAUUUUUGAACUGGUUUAAGGUGAGAUGGUGACCUUGUUAGUUUUUGAAGUAGGGACAUGCAAGUCUUAUAGGUACUCUGACUUAAAAACUGUUCUAGAAGGUUAGAGGCAUAGAUUAAUCUGUGUAAAAAGACUAAAAAAAUACUAGUUCAAUUAUGAUUUUUCUGGUUUUUAAAGAUGUUGCGUAGUGUUCUGAGUGUUAUUAGUAUCUGCUUAUAUUUGUUGUACCUCUAUCUACAGAAUUGGUCUUGUAAGGUUUAAAUGUUUAAAAUAUCUAUAUACAACACAAUGUUCCACUGUUCAACUGGCAUAUUCUAGGUGUUAUAUUAAAGAAAUAUAUAAGGUCUUGAAUGCUGUUGAAUUGAAAACUUUAGGAAUGUCUUCACAAAUCUUAACAUUUUUUUGGCUUUGUGAUAUAACCUCUUGUGUCUUCUAAAAUAUAGUUUACUAUCUUAAAUGACUCUUAGAUCUUUUAUUGAUUGUGUUUCUGUAUUUGAAGUGCUAUUGAUAAUAUGGUUAAAAUAAAAACAAUUUAUCUUUCUUUUUAAUGCAAUUUCUUUGCACUUUUUGUAGGAUUUGAUUCCUUAUUAUUAAUUUUACACCAAUAAUCGGAGAUCAUUUGUGGCAGUGAAUGGGUUGAAUAUUAUGAUUUGUACAAUGAUUUUUGUACACAUCGUGAAUUGUAUAUUGUAACUUGUACAAUCUAGUUUGUGCUGGAACAUUAUACAUAAUUAAAUCUACAAAAACCAUAUAAAACCUGUGGUAGAAUUCUGUUUAAAUAAUGAAAAUUAUAUUUUAUUGUAAUUCUAGUAUCCUGAAAACUAUAUUGAACCUGCCACUCCUGAAACUUCAACUAAACGUAAGAAGUCUGAUAGCAAAGACAAUGAGUCUACUGAAAAGAAAGUUAAAUUGCUUUAUGAACUUGAUCAGGAUGUGAAGAAAUUAAUCAAAGCAGAUGUUGUAAACAAAAAAUAUUGGGAUGAUUGUAAGGAAUCUCUAGACAAUGGCAGAAAAGUAUGUUCAUUUUUAAUUUUUAAGCAUUUCUAAUAUAUAAACAAAUUCAAAUUACACUUAUAAAAAUCAUUAUUCUUAUAGAUGUUUUUGGAUAGAGUUGAAGAAACAUUUUUGUGUAUUUGUUGUCAAGAUAUUGUCUUUGAUCCAAUAACCACUAAGUGUUCCCACAAUAUUUGUAAAGUUAGUAACUAAAUAAUCAUUAUUUCUAUAACAUAUUUAUUAUAAUAUGGAAAUAAAUUCCUGUAUUUUUAGGGAUGUUUGAAGAGGUCAUUUGGUGCUGAUGUUUACCAGUGUCCAGCGUGUAGAGCAGAGCUGGGAGAACGUUACUCUAUGCAAAUUAAUACCAAUUUAGCUCAAAUUUUGUUGAAUUUGUUUCCAGGUUAUACAACAGACCGCCAAUAAAUACUACAAGUAACCAAAUUUUCCUAUUGAUUUGUGCCAAAUUAAAUUGUUGACCAUUUUAAGGAACCUAUUAAGUAUGUGUGUACUUUUUCUUUUAAAUAUUAUCAUUCAUAUGUAUUAAAAAUUUAUUUGGAAGUUAUUGAAUUUUUUUUUUUAAAUUAGACACAUUAUAAAUUAAUGAUACAAGGACAAUUAAAUUAUGCAUAAUGAACUUAUUUCUCUGCAUCUAAUUCAUUUAUAACAUAAUUUAUUAAGUUUAUAGAGUUGAAAAAUUAUCAAAAAAUGUGUGAUUUCUUUUUUAGUUUUUGUUGAUUUAUAUUAUGUAUAUUAUAUUUAUGUUUUUAUUUAUUAAACAUUUAAAGCUCUUAUAAUAUUAUGUUACUUUAUAUUAAUAUUGAUAUUGUCAAUUCAAUUAUGAUGUUUUGUCACCCUUAAUUUAUAGCUGAUUAAUUUUACAAUUUGAUUAUACUUUUUUUUAUUUAUUCUAUUAGUAUUACUUCAUCAUGUGAUCAAAUUAUAUUGAAAUUGUAUUUUUACCAUGGUUUUUGUUAUAAAAGUUUUGUAUUUUGAAUAGGU